UUUCCUCUUUGAUUAUUUUACAAUGUCAAGCAAGCAUAUAUGCCCCCCAUUGGCAUACAUAUGUGUAUAAUCAUUGUACUAUAAACACAUUUUAGAUAGUACUAAUGAUGUCAAAAAUAAAUUAUAUAUGGUAUGAAUUUACCUUGUCUGUAGUUUAAAGUGAGCAACUAAAGUGCGAAUCUUUACAAGAAACAGAACAGAACCUUAUAUCCUUCCAUAGGUUGCCUUGCAGGAUUCUUCCUGAGUUUUUUUUUUUUUUUUUGUGUUUUACUUUUCUACACAUGCACAUGAGACAUACACACAACAUAUAUAUAGAAAGAGAGGGAGGGAAGAGACAAAUAUUCAAGCUUUCUUUUGGUUCUGUUUCUUCUAUUGAAAGUGUAGCUAACUGGUUUUAGUUUUGAAGAUAUAGCUUCUCUUUUGGUCUUCCUCUUAAAACCAUGGAAUCAAAUAGAGCCUUGGCAACCAUUUGUCUUCUCCUCUGUGUGAUUAUCACAGCCAAUUUCUUCACUCAUUGCGUAGAUGCAAGAAGACAAGUGGGGAUUAAGAGAGAACCAAAGCAGGUGAUGAUCAAAGCAGUAAAACACACAUCAUUGUUAGAGAAAAUGAUGACACAGCUCAAUCUUGCUCAGCCUUUAGACUACUCCUCGUCCUCGAACACUCAACCUUACGGUGUUAGCACAACUCUCACUCUACCUCCCUAUGUUUCACUUCCUCCACUGUCAGUUCCCGGCAAUGCCCCUCCUUUUUGCGUUAGUCCCCCGGACACACCUCCUACGUCCUCUGCUCCUGGUCUUAGUCCCCCUCCUGGCCCGAUCACAUUACCAAACCCACCCGAUUCCUCCUCUAACCCGAACUCCAACCCCAACCCACCCGAAUCAUCCUCUAACCCGAACCCACCUGAUUCAUCCUCUAAUCCAAACUCAAACCCAAACCCAAACCCACCCGAAUCAUCAUCUAACCCAAACCCACCAGAGUCAUCCUCUAACCCGAACCCACCUGUUACCGUCCCAAACCCACCCGACUCGUCAUCUAACACGAACCCACCCGUUACCGUCCCAAACCCGCCUGAAUCCUCCAUUCCAAACCCGCCAGAAACAGUUCCCAACCCUCCCGAAACUGGAUUUACACCAGGACCACCAGGUCCUAUUUCAGGUCCACCUUACUCUGAGCCGAGCCCAUCGACCCCGACCGACACUCCUACUCCAUCCGGCGGUGUUCCAACCGGAUCAAUUCCAAGUCCAUCAUCUGGGUUUCUUCCUCCGAUCGUCUAUCCGCCGCCUAUGGCGCCACCGUCACCGAGCGCGAAUCCAACCUCGGCUUACUGGUGCGUGGCUAAGCCAUCGGUCCCUGACCCAAUUAUUCUAGAAGCCAUGAACUUUGCAUGUGGGUCUGGAGCUGAUUGUCAUUCAAUUCAGCCCAAUGGGCCUUGUUUCAAGCCUAAUACGUUAUGGGCCCAUGCUUCGUUCGCCUUCAAUAGCUAUUGGCAACGGACCAAAGGUACCGGUGGCUCCUGCACGUUCGGCGGCACAGGCAUGCUUGUCACCGUUGAUCCAAGCUUUAACGGGUGCCAUUUUGAUUUCUUCUGAUGCAUGAAGACGAAGACAUCUCUCACUUUUACCUUUUGUUGGAUUACGAAUAAUAUCAAAUAAAAUUUUGAUAUAACACGUUAGCUAGGUGGGUCUCUCACUUGUAAAUUGUAAGUUGUAACCCAUUAAAGCUUAAUUUACUUUGGAAUGGCAUAUAAUAUAUACACUAAAUCUUAUGCUAAAUUGGUAUAUUGCUUUUACUAAUGGAAUUAAGUCUUCUAGACUUGUUUGUAGUA